UAUUAUACAUUGACUCGUUUUUACUCCGUUUAGCUACUUUUCUCUCCCUCCUUUUGUACUCCCUUCUUCCUUCUCAUUUUCUGCAAAUCCGCCAUGGCAGCAUAUCGUUACACUGAAUGAUGAAAUCCUUUAGCUAAAGAAUAGUAUUGUUCUGUUUCUUGUUCAGUCGGUCCCUUGCAAUAUUAAGGGUUUUCAAGGUCAGAAUAAUUAAAGGUUUGUUGGGCCGUGGAAUUUUGGUGAUGACUCGGCGGCUAUGGAAUCAAGGGCUCUCUAUUGGAUUUAACAGAUGGUGGCUCUGUGGUUGACCAAUGGAGGAAGGCAGCAGAGUUGAAGGUCAUUAGAGUUGUUCUAUAUUCAGUGAAGUGGUGGUCGUUCGGCGGCUGUUUGACGGACUGGAGGUUACAGACGGUGAAAUGGAGAAGAUGGUUAAGCAAAAAUCUUCGCAGUUUCCUCGAUGGAAUUACGAUGUAUUUCUAAGUUUUAGAGGUGAAGACACCCGCAAAACAUUUACAAGUCACUUGUACGAAGGUUUGAAAAACAGGGGAAUAUUCACCUUUCAAGAUGGUAAAAGGCUAGAGCAUGGCACAUCGAUCUCAGAAGAACUAUGUAAAGCUAUUGAAGAGUCUCAAGUUGCCAUCAUCAUUUUCUCGAAGAAUUAUGCUUCAUCCAGGUGGUGCUUGGAUGAACUAGUGAAGAUCAUGGAAUGCAACACUAAUCAAUUUGGACGACAAACCUUGGUAAUACCAAUCUUCUAUGAUGUGGAUCCAUCAGCAGUUCGAUACCAAAAGGAGAGUUAUGCUGAAGCCUUUGACAAACAUGAGUCAAGGUGUAAAGUCGAUGAUGUUGAAGGAAUGCGGAAGUUGCAAAGAUGGAGGACUGCGCUAACUGCCGCAACAAAUCUAAAAGGAUAUGACAUCCGCCAAGGGAUUGAAUCAGACUGUAUUCAUGAGAUUGUUGACCAAAUUUCGUCCAAAUUAUGCAAGAUUUCUUUAUCUUAUUUUCAAGAUGUUGUGGGAAUAAAUACCCAUCUCGAGAAUGUAAAGUCCCUACUCGAGUUAGAAAUCAAUGAUGUUCGGAUUGUGGGAAUCUGGGGCAUGGGGGGAGUCGGUAAAACGACAAUAGCAAGAGCCAUUUUUGAUACACUCUCCUAUCAAUUUGAAGUUGCUUGUUUCCUUGCGGAUGUUAAAGAAAAUAAAUGUGGGAUGCAUUCUUUGCAGAAUAUUCUUCUCUCUGAAUUGUUAAGGGAAAAAGAUAAUUACGUGAAUAACAAGGAGGACGGAAAUCACCUGAUGGCUCGUAGACUUCGUUUUAAAAAGGUUUUAGUUGUGCUUGAUGACAUAGAUCACAAAGAUCAUUUGGAUUACCUAGCAGGGGAUCUUGGUUGGUUUGGCAAUGGCAGUAGAAUUAUUGCGACAACUAGAGACAAACAUUUGAUAUGGAAGAAUGAUCUAAUAUAUGAAGUGACUACACUAGCUGAUGAUGAAGCUAUUCAAUUGUUCAAUCAAUAUGCUUUCAAGAAAGAAGUUCCAGAUGAGCGUUUUGAGAAGCUAAUGUUGGAGGUAGUAAGUCAUGCUAAAGGCCUUCCUUUAGCCCUGAAAGUGUGGGGUUCUUUCUUACAUAAGAGGGAUAUAACUGAGUGGAGAAGUGCUAUAGAGCAAAUGAAAAACAACUCUAAUUCAGAAAUUGUUGACAAACUCAAAAUUAGCUAUGAUGGAUUAGAGCCCAUACAACAAGAGAUAUUUCUAGAUAUAGCAUGCUUCUUACGAGGGGUAAGAAAAGAUGAGAUCAUGCAAAUUCUUGAGUUACAUCUCUUUUCCAUUCAAGAGUUCUUAUGCGUUUCCACGCCCCUUUGAGACCCCGAAAAAUGGACAAAUUCCUUUUCUUAGGAACACAUACAAGAUUCGUCACUACAAAAAGGAUAAUGGUAACCCUACCAUUAACUACUUCAUUUAUGAAUUUCAUAGUAAUAGAAAUACAUGUCCUACCGAGACAGAAUUUGGAACUUGCUAUCCUCUUGCCUAGCAGGCAAAGAUUUACCUCCGUGGAAAGGAUGAUUCAUUCGGAUCGACAUGAGAGUCCAACUACAUUGCCAGAAUCCAUGUUGUAUAUUUGAAAGAGGUUGACCUCCUUGCUUCUCUCAUGGUACACUCCUCUUCCCGCCGAGCCCCUUUUCUCCUCGGUCCACAGAGACAAAAUGUAGGACUGGUGCCAACAAUUCAUCAGACUCACUAAGUCGGGAUCACUAACUAAUACUAAUCUAAUAUAAUAGUCUAAUAUAUCUAAUAUAAUAGAAAAUACUAAUAUAAUAGAAAAGAACUGUCUUUUCUGUAUACUUUCCCCGGUUCCGUUGCUACCGCGGGCUUUACGCAAUCGAUCGGAUUAGAUAGAUAUCCCUUCAACAUAGGUCAUCGAAAGGAUCUCGGAGACCCACCAAAGUACGAAAGCCAGGAUCUUUCAGAAAACGGAUUCCUAUUCAAAGAGUGCAUAACCGCAUGGAUAAGCUCACACUAACCCGUCAAUUUGGGAUCCAAAUUCGAGAUUUUCCUUGGGAGGUAUCGGGAAGGAUUUGGAAUGGAAUAAUAUCGAUUCAUACAGAAGAAAAGGUUCUCUAUUGAUUCAAACACUGUACCUAACCUAUGGGAUAGGGAUCGAGGAAGGGGAAAAACCGAAGAUUUCACAUGGUACUUUUAUCAAUCUGAUUUAUUUCGUACCUUUCGUUCAAUGAGAAAAUGGGUCAAAUUCUACAGGAUCAAACCUAUGGGACUUAAGGAAUGAUAUAAAAAAAA